GCGCGGGGGCGCGUCUGUCACCCGGCAAGCCCCCGGCCCGGACUCCGGAGGGAUGCGGAGCGGCAGUGGCGGCGGCGGUAGCGGAGACUGUGGCUUUAAGAGCGCGCAGGGAGCGCUAGAGUCAGCCGUGCAGUCCUUCGUCGCCAAGCACUCCGGAGCGGCCGAGCCUGGCGCUGGCGGGACCGGGCAGCCUGCCGCCAGGCUCUGAGAAGCGGCUGUAGACCUCUACCAGAGAGUCCUUCCUCUGAAGACGUCACCAGUGUGUGGAGCCUGCCGCACACCCACUCCCUGCCAAACCACGGCCUUUACCUGUGUCUUUCGGUGUUUCCCGUGCGACCCGUCCUGUGGGAGUGCCUCGUGGGCUGCCCCAGAGUUCGCCCCACGCUCAGCUGCACCAAUGGUGAAGAUGACAAGAUCCAAGACUUUUCAGGCAUACCUGCCCUCAUGCCACCGGACCUACAGCUGCAUUCACUGCAGAGCUCACUUGGCCAAUCACGAUGAACUCAUUUCCAAGUCGUUCCAGGGAAGUCAAGGACGAGCCUACCUCUUUAACUCAGUCGUUAACGUGGGCUGCGGGCCUGCAGAAGAGCGGGUGUUGCUCACAGGACUCCAUGCAGUUGCAGACAUUUACUGUGAAAACUGCAAAACCACUUUGGGCUGGAAAUAUGAACACGCUUUUGAAAGCAGUCAGAAAUAUAAAGAGGGCAAAUACAUCAUUGAACUAGCGCACAUGAUCAAGGACAAUGGCUGGGACUGACCUGACAACAUCCAUCCGGUCCAGCAUCCACAUGAAUGCCAUCCAACUGAACAUUCUACCCAAGCGUGAGAGAGUGACUGAACAAUUGGUUCCAUCCAUUUAGGGGCCUUGCCAUCAGGGGGCAUCCUCCCACCCUGACGCCAUCUUUUUGGGUGACUGGCCUCUAAAUUGCUGUCUCUCUGUCUCUUUGCUUUGUAUCUGUUUGUGAGUUGAUCUUGGCUUCUCUGUUCUAGUGUUGGCUGAAAACAAAAAUACCGAACAGAACAGAACAGAUCCUUGGCUGCGUGGCGGCAGUCCACCUUGGAAAGGGGCCCCCAGCCCAUAGGAGAGCUGCCUUGUCAGAGCAGUGGUACAUGGGCAUGAGGAAGAGCAAAGACCAACCUGAGAGCCCCGGGGUUGGGGAAGGGGCAGGAGGGUAGGGGUAGACCAAGACUGUCCUACUCUUGGGGACCUGGCUUGAAAUAAUUGACUUUUUCAAAAAGACAAAGAGAAAAAAAAAUACCUCAUGACUGUAUUCUCUCUGACAACAAACUUCUGUCCUAACAUCAAAUGUGCCAGGAUAGCAGAUGAGCACACGAAAUGGCCCUGAUUCUAGCUGACAGGGCAAGACCCCAGCCGGCAUGCUGGGCCUGAGUUAGAGAACGUCCUGCUAGGGUGAGGGGGGGCAUAGGUAAAGCCCCAAUGGGUUAUAGUGACUCCGGUGCCCCUCCACCCCCACCCCACCUCUGGGCAAUCACCUCCUGGUCUCCGCUGUUGUAGGUGAGGGGAGAUAGGCAGAUGUCCCAUUUAACCAGCACCACACUGAAAUCGGUGAUGGAGGGGAGCCAGGGAGCAUGGGUUGCCGCCUGGGAGCUCCUGAUAGCGAGCAGGAAAAGUAAAAACUGGGAACUAGUCAGCAGUUCUGUGGGAGUGAAGCAGCAGAAGAGGGGUUCUGGGAGGAACAGCUGUGAUUUGAGCCAGCUCUGGCUGGGCACAUCUGCUCUCACCGCUGGGCAUGGGUUUAGCUGUUCUCUGUGCCUAGUGUUUCCGGUUUGGGUCUUGUUUUUUUCCCCCCUCCAGUUCCAUCAUGACCUGGGAAACAAAGAUCCAAGAUUCCAUCCCUCAUGCCUCUCUUGUUAGAUCUGCAUGUCGUAGGAGGAUAACUUUUGACAGUGUGGUCCAGCAGUGGGGAGGAAUUAUAGAUUCAGUAAUGCCCCCCACCCCUCACCCCACCCACCCCAGCCUCCUUGCUUUAAGGAUGGGGAGGAAAAUCCCUGUAAGUCUCCUGAAGUGAAAAGGAACUCAAUGCUUUGAAUCAGCACUGAAUGUUUUACGGCAGUUCAGCUAUUAUGUGGCUCACGGCCGAACCUCGUUUGCAUUAAUUUCAUUUCUGAGGCAGAAAAUGAUGUUAAAAUACACGCGUAUGAGGUAAUCCUCAACAUCAUUCUUAACUAGGCUGCUCCUACAGGAAAAUUCACCUCUUUUAAAAAGAGCCAAAUAAAAGAGAGUUCAUGGGGAUAAGAAUCUGUAAAAUUGAUUAACCCAGAUUACAGCAGCUGGCACAGGACGUUUUCCAAAUCUCAUCUUCAGCAGAAUCAAAUUCCCAGCAGGAGAGAGCUCUGGUGGACGUGGCUUUGUGUCCCGUCCCGUCCCGUCCCCGUCCCCGUCCCCCCGUCCCCCCCCCCCCCCCCCCCCCCCCCCCCCCCGUGUCCUGAUCUGGGAAUGGAAGAACCGAGGCUUCUUUACCCUGUCUUGCUAGUGGCGAUGGCGGGGUGGCAGGAAGCAGGCCAGCUUUCUUUAACAGCAGAGCGCUCCUCUUCCGGGACACAGAAAUGUCUAAAAAACGAGAUUUUGUUCUCAGGUCUCCUUGUCCAGAGCCUGGGAAUACUAGCUCAAGCUCCUACCCCACCCCUCUGGACUGCAGGACCGACUGAGCCUCAGAAGGACUGAGUUUUGCUUCCUGAAAAACCACCCCGUGGCUCCCAGGCUCAAGUUCCCAGUGACACACAUUUUUCCACUUUGACAUUCCUAAACUGGCUUGCAGGCUCUGAAGUCAUGCUGCCCCCACCCCCCACCCCAAUCCUGCCCCAGGGAAGUAGCCUUCAUUUAAGGAUUUGAUUAUAUACACCCUUUGCUCAGGGAAUAUCCCAGCUAAUCUACAAAUCCAUUUCUUUCUUUUCUUUCUUUCUUUUUUUUUUUUUUUAAAUAGAGGGUGGGGGUUAAACCUUGGUAGAUGUUUUUUCUUGAAAAACUAAAAUUAGUGACACAUAGAACCUGGAUAUGGGAUGCCCUGCCAUUCUCAAGGGUCAGAGAAGGAGACAGUGUGCCACUGUUUUUCCUUGGGGUGGGCUCCUUGACCAUCCUGGAUCAGCGGAGCUGCAGUAGGACCCUGGCUCUGGGUUGUUCUUGAACUGCUCUCUGCUGAGCGCCCAGUGGGUGUCCGGCACCACACCAUGCUGGGUGCAGAAGAUGAGUAGUAACAUGCCAGUUUUCCCAUAACUAGUUUGGGGGCGGGACCAAAACUCAUUAGGCUUCCCUCCGUGACAGCGACACCAAAAGUGCUUCUUACGACCUUCACUCCAUCGGUGGCUUGUCUGCCUGACACUUAGCAGUAUUAGAGAGUCCACAGCUGAGCAGUGGAGACGGGCACUCAAGGCCUCGGUCGGUCUGUUCUUUCUUUUCCUCACCAAAUGAUUGACUCAGCAUAACCAAAGACCUCAUCCAUUCACCCCACAUGGGUUCAGGGAAUUGGAGUCGAUGGGGUGAGCUUGGGCAGGGGCGGGUGAGUAGGGAAGGGCCUGAAGUUCUGUACCUCAGCCACCAGCCGCCUUCGUUCUGAACUGAAGACUAGCUGACCACCUCAUGCCAUCUCUCCUGUGCCGCUGUAGGUGAUAGAGCCGUGCCCCCGCCCCCCAGUACAUCCACAUCCCCCACCCCUGGAUUUCCCUAGGCUGCUGAUGGGUGAAUCCACAUGAGUCAAGUAUAGCCAAGCUUGAUGCCCUCCAGCUCACAGCUGGGCCUGGCUGAGUACCACCCCAGCGCCUGUGACGACAGUCAGAUCAUGUAGAUAAAGUAAAUCCUUGCUGGUAGAUCAGUGUGUACAAAGGCAGUGUCCCUUUAUAAUAAGAUUUCCAAGUACGUAUACAUUCUCUUGUGAAGUAUACUCUUGUAAAUAAUAUUUAAUUUUUUAAAUAAUAUAUUUGGUGCUGUAUUCUCAGAUCCCUGAGAGCACUUUUCAAUUCUAUGGCUUCCUCUGUGUUUCUUGAAGUACAUUUUAAGGGAAAAGUAAUCAACAAGAUUUUUUUUUUUUUUUUAGAUCUGUCACUUUAAAAUGGAUUGAGGCUUUAAAACAUUUUUUUUCAUUUUUUUCUGUUUGCAUUUUUCCCCAGUAGAACAGACUGUAGUAAAUUGCAGGGUUGUGAACUGAUACUUUCUGGCCCAGUCUUGGCUAGAAAAGAAACAACAAGUUUUAGUAGUAACAACUUCGAAGUAAUUGCCGUAGCUGGGAGAACUUCGAAGAAGUUGGAAUCAUGUGUGCGUGAGUGAGUGUGUGAGUGUGUGUGUGUGUGUGUGUGUGUGUAGUCUGGAUUUUUCUGUUUCCUUUUCUACUGAGGACACUCUAUGAACUACAGUUUACACCUUGGGCACAUAGCGUUUUCCCUCUCUGGUUUCCAUGUCUGAGUGGACCAACAGCACGAAGCAGGAUUUUCCUUCCCUGAGGAGCUGUGUGGCCAGUUCCUCUUCCUCUGUGCGCUGCUUCUAGAACUGGCGAAGCGAACCUGUGAAGAGGAAGCCGGAGUCAAGUCUGUGCUUCUGAGAUGUGAGCAGACCAGUCACACAUCCGGGCUCUGGUUGUUCUAGAAGCUGUGUCUUAUUAAAUGUUAACUGGUUCAGGUUAAAAGGACGUUAAUAAAACAAUAGCUUUUUAUUUUUUGUUUUUUUUUUUUAAGGUCAGAUUGCUUUGGGCUCAGGCAGAGGCUGGCAAAUCAAAUUUUGAACACAACUUGUAUUUCAAAAAAAACCUGCCUCAAUGGAACAUUCUAGUUCUGUGUGUUGAAAAGAAUGCUUUUAAAAUGGUGAUUGAUUUUUUUUUUUAAUUAUCAUACAGUCAUGAAAUGUACCAGAAUAAAAGAUAAAGCCAAGAAAGAGACUGUCUCUGCAGGGGUAGAUCUGCCUGCCCAGGGUUUUACAGUGUGCUGUCGAAGGUGGAGUCAGUUCCCUUUCCCCAGCCUGCAGACUUGUGUACCACAGGUUUGUCCGUCUGUCUGUCUGUGUUUACAAACUGUAUCAUUGGGUUUGGAAUUGUUUUUGUGUGUUUGGUUUUCUUCAGUGGCAUUUCCCCCCAGGUCACUUUGCUUCGACAACAGAGGUGAUUAUUUCUGUGUAAAUGGUCUUCACCUCUGUCCGGUGACUGUACAUAAUGAUUCAGUGUUAGUGAGAAGCAUCGUUUGUUCCCAAUCUGUGUUGGUGCUCAUUUGAGAAAAUAAAGUUUUCAAAUAUUA